AUGGAAGAACUGUUGACUCCCUUUCUACAAUAUACAGAAAAGGACCUUCUGAUCAAGCAACUGAACCUAGUGGCCACUUGCAAUAGGUCUGACGCGCCUGCUUUUUCGCUGGCUCUUCACGGUCCAGAAAGACUGUCACGCACAUCCCCAUACCUGUUUCAUGUGGCCCUACAGCGGGUGGAUGAAGUUAGGGAUUACUGUGUCUUUGCAUGGUACCCGCAAACCCAUGGCUUUGCUAUCUCAGACGGGUUUAUUCUCCUUCAUCGUACCGCGCAGGGCGGGCUGCACCAAGUCAAACUCCCCGAGUAUACUAUACUCCCCCAACUAGAACAUGGGCACUUCUCCCCUUACAAUAUCCAUAAGCCCGGUAAUGUCAAGCAAUUUUACGAUGCUAUCCCCGACCGUCUUAUCCCAUACCUACAGACAGGCGAGCGAUAUGUACUCCUCUGGCCAGGUCAACAAUAUGACUCAUGGAAUUGGACCGAUAAAGUAGAAAAUUCUAAACUCGUCUUGCCAGGCGGGCCCUUCUUAUCCUUCAUAGUCGAGGACAAUGAGAUCAUGCCGAUCAUGCCGACGUUGAUCUGCGGGUGGUCACAGGAUGGCCUCGUGCUUGCGACCCUUCAUGUGACGUACGUGCCAACAAGUGGUAGCGGUGGUAGGCCGUUUACUUUCAACACGGCAGGAUUGACCGUCGAGCUCUGGGUUUGGCGGGAUCAGUGGGUCAAUCUGGAAGGGUUCGUCUGCGGCGGAGGAUGGGCAUUCGUCGAUGACCCAGAUUUGCAAGUCUCGCCAGGCCGCGAUAAUGGCUUUGCCAGUUUGCGUCCAGGAGAAACGUGGUCCGAGGUCUUGCAGCUUCACUUGCUCACGGACAUGGAGAGCAAUGAUGGCGGGGAAGCCCGGGUUGGGGAGGGGAUCCGGUAUCUCUUUAAGGGCCUCCGGCUCGACUGGUGGGUUUGGGGAAGUAGGGAAGACCAUUUGGAGACGACAGUCACAAUUCCAGCCACGGGAAGCUGGACGGUACGGGAGCCGGGCGAACAGCCUGACGUUUUUAUCCCUGCGGCGGCACCAGUGGAUUUGGAAAUUAUAUAG